GCUGUUUGCCAUCUCCCUCCCGUCCCCUCCAUUGUUUGAGGUUUUGUUGAGGGGCUUGACAGACACCGCAUGUCCCGCUGGAACUGCCCAUGCUGUGGAAUAACAUUGACAUAGGUAAAGGUGUGUGGGCACCACCCGUCAGUGCAGGAACAGGAUGUGAUGUCACAGCGAUAGCAGCUUCCAUCUUUCUGUCCAGCUUCGUGUUUGCGAGUGGGUAGGCCCCUCCCGCUCCAAGGACAGGACAUGUUUGAAGUCAAACCCCGGGCGGUGGAGAAGAAAGAGUCCAGCACAGAGACAGAUGAGGGGCUGGGCAGCAGCGGGAGGCAUUACGGCUCUGGCUCAAUGGGAUCUGGUUCGGCCGGCUCCGGCUCUGUGUACCUGUCAGACAGCCAGGACUGGGUGGUUUCCCCGAGCUGCUCUCCAGACGAAGGCUCCAGCCAGCACACCACCAUCUCCCCCUUGCUGGCAGAGGAAACGUUCCGCUACAUGACAUAUCUUGCUUUGGAGCCCUCCUCUUAUUCCCAUCCUGGCUCCCAGAGCCUCUCCAAAGUCCUCAGUGCCGAUCGUGUGGAGCAGAUGACCAAAACAUACAAUGACAUCGAAGUGGUCACACACCUUUUGGCUGAGCGGGACAGAGACUUGGAGCUGGCAGCUCGGAUUGGUCAGUCCCUCCUGCAGAGAAACCAUCUGCUGCAGGAACGCAAUGAGGCCUUAGAGGAGCAGCUAGCACAGGCCCUGGACCAGGUUCAUCAGCUGCAGCAUGAACUCAGUAAGAAGGAUGAGUUGCUGCGGAUGGUUGCCAGCGCCUCAGAAGAGAGUGAGACCGACUCCAGCAUGUCCACCCCCCUACAGCAGCCUCAGCCGCCAAUGGGAUGCACUGCCGCCGCUGCACUCAGUCAGCUGGAGUGUCUGCAGAGCAAACUGCAGGAGCUGGAGGAGGAGAACCUGGCACUGAGGUCUGAGGCAUGUCAACUGAAGAGAGAUACUAUCACCUAUGAGGAGAAGGAGCAGCAGCUAGUUAGCGACUGUGUCAAGGAGCUCCGUGAGUCCAACAGCCAGAUGGUGUCCCUGACAGAUGAACUAUCUCAGAAGAACGAGGAGCUGCUCAGGCACCAGGAGGAAAUUGCUCAGCUGCUCUCCCAGAUAGUGGAGCUGCAACACAGAGUGAAGGAGCUGGCUUUGGAGAAAGAGGAGCUGAGGAUCCACCUGCAGGCCUCCAAAGAUGCUCAGAGACAGCUCACAGCAGAGCUGAACGAGUUGACAGAGAGGAAUGCCGAGUGUGUAGAGAUGCUCCAUGAGUCUCAGGAGGAGAUCAAAGAACUGCGCAGUAAAAACACUCCUUCUGCUGGGAUGCGGAGGCACCUUUCCUAUGGCCUCUACCCCAUGGACUCCCUGGCAGCAGAGAUCGAGGGCACCAUGAGGAGAGAGCUGAGUGUAGAAGAAGAGACAGCCUUUCAGGACCAAAGAAUAUCCCAGAAGCGAGUCUUCCAGACAGUCCGCUCCGUCAACGCCUCGGCAUCGCGGGCAGCUUCAGCCACCCCUCCAAUCCCCGGCUCAGGACAGAGCUCUCUAGUGAUGACUGCACAGCCGUUCCAGUCCACUCAGGGGGAGGAGGUGCGAAUGGGCCAGCCUGGCUCUCCUGGUGGCAACGACCUCACCAGAGCCCUCCACCGCCUGUCGCUGCGACGGCAGAACUUCCUGUCUGAGCGACAGUUCUUCCAGGCGGAGCGCGAGAAGAAGCUGCAGUCCCUGUCAGGGGCAGACGGAGAGGGCAGCAACUGCAGCUCACCGAUGGGCAGCGUGCUCUCCUCUUUCUCCAACCUGUCAGAGCUCUCCAUCAGCUCCAGUGUUUUCAAGACCUUCCUGCCUGAGAAACUUCAGAUUGUCAAACCCAUGGAAGGCUCACUGACACUCCAUCACUGGCAGCAGCUGGCCAAACCCCACCUGGCCACCAUCCUGGACCCACACCCAGGGAUAGUGACCAAGGGUUUCCGGCCACUGGCUCAGGAUGCUGUCUACCGCCUGUCUGACAUGGAGGAGGAUGAAGAGGAUGAGGAGUACAGAGGGACUGUUGUCCUUGAGAAGGGGGCGGCAGAGCGGGGUAAGGAAGAGGAGGAUGAGGAAGAGGAAGAAGGCGGGAUCACCUUCAAGGUGCGCUACACAUCUACGCCAGAGGAGAGGAAGGACAGAAAGCAUACGGUGUCACCUCUCCCUGUCCAACCUCUCUCCCCAACCGUGCCCACAUCUUCCUCCUCGGCCGGAUCAGACCUCUGUACGACACCUGCACCUCAUCAUGUCUCUGAGACCUCCAGUCUAUCAUCUCAGCCCAUUCCAAGAGCUUCUACAGCAACGGUCCAACCACAGAGUCAAAAUUGCACGUCAGCAUCAACAACAGCAUCUUCCUCUGUCCAAAAUCCAGGAAAGUGCCAGAGCUCCACCUUCUCCACCUACACCUUCACGACCUGCCGCAUCCUGCACCCCAGCGACAUCACACAGGUCACCCCAAGCUUUCAGUCAUCUCUCUUGGCCAACACACCCAGCUCCAUGAGGACAGGUCCCAGUACCCCUGUGACUCCCUGCAGACUGAGCCUGGGUGACUCCUUUCCCCCUCGGCGCCCCCUAGUGCCCACCAGCAGCCUGGCCAAGCUGGUCCUGGAGAGGGGCAUUUCUGCACAGGUGUCCACUGACACCCCACCUUCAUCCCCAAGACCCACACCCCGGCAGCCCCUCUUCCGUUUCCUCCCAAACACACCCCCGAACUCUCCCUCCCACUCACCUGCUCCCUCUCCUGUGCCCACGGAGUCCCGCCAGCACCCAGCCGACAAUUUCCUAGCCUCGCGGCCGGCAGAGCUUUUUCUCCAGGACGUUUAUGGGCUGAAUCUGGGCCGCGCCCCACAUCCCGACCUACCGAGCCCCUCCCAGGAAACCCCAGCCCUUGUCCCUUCAGGCCGAGCCAGGCCUGAGCCAGUCAAUGUCAGCCUGGUGGAGAGGCUGCGGCGGCUAGGAUUCACUAAGGUGCUCCACGGUUCGGAGUCUGAGGCUUCAGUGCUGCGCCAGGAUUCUGCCACUUUUGUGUCGGCAGGCGGAGGGAGCCUACUGGACGGCCUGAGGCGCAACCAGAGCCUCCCGGCCAUGAUUGGUGCUAGAGCAGGAAAGUCAGCCGGUAACCCCACACCUCCUCUUCACCCCACCUCCCUGGCCCUCCCCCCACCACCGUGGGGAAACCCUAAAGAGCGGCGCCGGCAACUCGCCUCCGUCUCCCAUGUCCCGUCAAGUUCAGCCAAGCGUUGAAGAGGAGGAUGGACUGGGAGGGCAUACACUCAAGAACAUGAACCUCCUCCUUUACACCUCCAUCCCCUUAUUCCUCCUCUCAUCUCUCUUCCUUUCUGCCUUUGGAGAGAUGAGUCAGGGCAUCGGUGGGCAAAACAAUCCCUCCUUUUUAUGACAUAGUUUUAAAGCACAAUUUAACUAAACUGACUGUUUUUAGCGACACUGCAGUGUCUGUGUGUGUAGGUGUUAGCUCUGAAGCUAGUCAUUACGGCCUUAGCUUGCCUCUGAACAGGUUAUUCAGCUCUGUACCUUCUCAGUCGUGUAUGAAUUAGGUUCUGUAGUUUUCCUGUGAGGCUCUGGAUGUUCAGGCCCAGGGAGAGGGGGGAAGGAACAUGCAAGUGGAUGAGGGUUUGUGGAAGUGGAUUAGAAACGAACAAGAGGUAAGGCACAGUAGAGCUCUAAAGAGAAGAGUGUGUGGUCUCCGCAUGUUUAUUCAUGUGAGUAGAGGAAGCAAGUGCAAGAAAGUAAAGGUGAAGAAAGAAGGACUGAGCAUCCAGAGUCUUUCCAUUUCAAGGGCUUGUUCUGUAGUGGACUGGAAAAGCUUUAGUCUGUAAUAAAACAGCAUCAUGUUAGCCGACCAUGCUCUAACACAUAAUGAAUGGAUUUAGGACCUCUGCCUAAAACCUUUACAGUCGGAAGAGAAAGGAUUCAACUUGCUUUUAUUAGUUGAGGACUAGAAGACUUUUAAGUACUAGCCAGCUUAGCAGCAAACUGCCAGGCUCAUUUUGUUGUCAGACCAUGCCUCUAACAAGCCAGUAUUAAUAUUAUAAUAAUUUUACAAUAGACCAUUGUUGCACGGCUGUCUGGUGACCGUCCACAUGCCCCGCCCCUUUUCCUGCCUCCUGCAAGCGUCUGCAUGACACGUCAAAAGCAACCCUGCCUACAGGUCCCAGCAUGCACCUGUCAGCAGACGGGUGGGGCCAGGCUGAAGGCGAGGUCAGAACCAAAUCAGACGCCUGGCAAAAAAAAAAAAAAAAAAAAAAAAAGUAAAAAGGACCUGCCUUUUCUUUCAGGUCCUGGUGUUUUGUGUGUUUUUAAUGUUAUGAAGCCUUAAGUAGACGCCAGCACUGCUCUUAUUUGUGUUCCCGUUAAGCCAUGUUCGUAUAUAUUAGUUGCACUCAGUGGGAUUUGGAGGUUGAGGUUGUGUUCAUUUGAGGAUCACUGCUUAGUUGAAGACAUUUCAUCACAGCCUUGGGCUUUAAAAGAAAACCGUGAAUUUUGUCAUGUCAGUUUUCAGCCACUGCGUUUAUCUCAGGCCUGUGGGACGUUCAGGUUCAGUCUGUUUAGAGGGGGGAAGACCACUGACACAUUAUUUCAGUUGUAUAUUACAUCCAGGUUUAUUAUGAGUGGUUGUUUUUCUGUUUAAAAUGGUUGUUGGGGGGUUAUCUCAUUGUGUCUCAUAUUUGGUUCACAGUUUAGCCAGAAGGUAGGAUUAUUAAUAUAGGAAACCAUCAUAUUCAUUCUACGUUCUAAUUAUAACAUCAUAUAAUAUCAUGUUUAGAUACAAGGGAGCUUAGAGCUUUGUGCUUGACCCCUGUGACCCUUCAGCCGUCAGUGCUGCUGUCCCUAACAUUCGUUAGUCCAACCAGACUUCCCCACUCAGUUACUGCACUUUUACUUUUUUAUUUAGCCUUUGUUUUACUGACAUCACUAUUUGAAGUAUAUAAAUACUAACAUAAUGAGAAGAUUUAGCAUAAUGGGUGACUGUUGUAACAAUGUCGGCUAACAUUUUGCAAUAAGAUUUUAAUAUAUGUAGCAUUUUUUUUUCUUUUUUCUGUUUUGCUUUUCAUAUGUAGAGGCCCACAGAAGGGAAUCCAAAUCAAGCCAAAAGCGAUAUUUUUAUUUCUGAAGAAAUGGAAUACUUGGGCUUACACACGUGUAUAUGUGAAGUUAUUUUUUGCUCAAUACCUGUAACAUAUUUAACAAUGGAAGAAGAGCUUCAGUUUAAUGUUCUGUAUGUUUGUAGGAUUGGAGAGAAGAGGAAAGAAGGCACAUUCAGACUGUUCAUAUCUUUAGAUUAGUUGUAGUCAUUUCCACUCCUUUCAGUAAAGCAGGAGGUUCAGGUUUGUAUCUUUCUUUGGCUAAGAUAUAAAAUGUCCUCUUCAUGUCUCCCCUCUUAAGAUCAUGAUCCUCGGUAAGCUACUUAUGGGUAUUAUUCAGUUGCCUCUUUUUUAAAAUAAAGCAAUGGAAACCAAA